ACCAUACUUCCUUCCGGUGCAAAGAUGGAAAAAAUAUGUUCUUCUUCAUUUCGUCUGCUUUCUCAAGCAACAAAAGUCUGUGUACGCCAGUCAAAGUCCACAUUUAGAUCGUGCAUAUACAUGAGGGCGAUGUCUACCGCGAAAUCCCUAGAUAUUUCCGGGAUCUAUCCCCCGAUCGUGACACCUUUUGACUCCAAUGAAGACAUCUCUUGGGAGAAGCUUGAGUUCAAUCUCAAGAAGUUGCAACAGCAUCCAUUGAGAGGUUAUGUGGUACAGGGGUCUAAUGGAGAGUACGCCUUCAUGACAUCAGAGGAGAGGGUAGAGAUGGUGCGGAGAGUAAAAGAAAUGGUUCCAGAUGACAAGCUCAUCAUUGCAGGAUCCGGUUGUGAAUCCACUAGAGAUACUAUCAACAUGAGUAAAAAUAUGGCCAAAGCCGGGGCUGACGUGGUGCUAGUUAUUACUCCAUCCUAUUAUAAGUCUGGAAUGACAAAUGCUGCUUUAGAAAAACAUUUCACCAAGGUAGCUGAUGAGAGUCCAGUGCCAGUGGUCCUGUACAACAUUCCCGCUAACACUGGCAUCGAUCUGGCCCCCGAAGUUGUCUUCAAAGUAUGCAAUCAUCCUAAUAUCAUAGGACUCAAAGACAGUGGUGGGGAUAUUUCUAAGAUUGGUAACAUGGUCUACAAGACAAAAGAUAUAGACUUCCAGAUAUUGGCUGGAUCAGCUGGCUUUCUGUUUCCUGCAUUUAUGGCUGGGUGUGUUGGUGGAGUCCUUGCUCUAGCUAAUGCUCUGCCUGGAGAGUGCUGCCAAAUUGAGAAGCUUUACCGUGCAGGACAAUAUGAGGAGGCUCAAAAAUUACAACAGAGAUUAAUUGCACCAAAUGGCGAUGUGACAAGAAAAUUUGGUGUACCAGGUUUAAAGGUAGCUAUGGAGUGGUUUGGAUUCUACGGUGGACCAACACGAUUACCAUUACUGCCAAUAGAGCAGGAACAAGUAAAUUCUAUGAAGAAGAACUUUCAGCAUAGCCAGUUCUUGUAAUCGUAGGUGCUAAGAUUCGACAACAUUCGAACAGAGAGGUUCUGCUGUAAUACCAAAACCUGGUGUUCUGAGGGCUCUAACUCAGCAAUUCCUGGAAACUUUGGACAAUUGGCUGCAUUUCUUAAUGGGACAUGAUAUUUCCAAUGUGAUGCAAAUAAUUAUGCGUCCGUAGAAAAUCUGUGACACUGAAUGCUGUUAACCCAGAUUUCAUUCUGUGACACUGAAUGCUGUUAACCCAGAUUUCAUUUGUCGCUGAUUGAUGCUAAAGUUGUGAAAUGUAAUCUUGAUUUUUCUUUGUGAUGAACUGUAAGUUCUGACUUGUUCAUAAUCUGUGAUGAUUAUUCGUUUGUGAUUUUACAAUAACCAUAGGAAAAUAAUAUUUGUAAGAAAUUAUGCAAUAGUGUACAUUC